AUGGUCAAAGUCCUCGUCUCCCUAAGCGCAUUGGCUGCUGCUGCCACGGCCGGCUCCGUGACGGAACUCCCCGAGUCUGUGACCAAGCUCAUCGACUACUCCGCCAACCCCUGCGAAGACUUUUACCAAUACGCGUGCGGUGCGUGGUACAAGGAUGCUGUGAUCCCCCCGGACAGACCCAGCAUCGACACGUCGUUCUCCAAGAUCUCCAUUCAGAACGAAAACGAAGUCGUGUUGACCAAGAUUUUGUCUGAAAACAAGCCCAAGCUCACUGAGUUCUACAGCUCGUGCUUGGACACGGCCACACUGACGUCGCUCGGCCUCUCUCCGUUGGCGGACUCGUUCAAAGCCAUUCGCUCGGCCAACACGACGUUGGACCUCCUCAUCGUGGCCGGGCAGUUGGUGAAGAACGGCAUCCCUGCCUUUGUGGACAUCAAAUCGAGCGGUAACGACAACGAUACGACCAAGAACGCCCUCUUCGGUUUCCAAGCCCCCUUGUCGCUGGCUCGCACGUACUACACCAACCCUACCAGAUGGGCGUUCAUCCAAGCCGACUACAAGGUGUACAUUGCAUCGGUGUUGCAGUUGGCUGGAUACACUGCCGAGCAAGCUGCGGCGGCCGUGCCGGUGAUCAUCCGUUUUGAGCUAUCUCUGGCCGGUGUCACCCUCAGCAAGCUCGAAGAAAUGGAAGCUGUGGUCUCCGCGUACACUGCGUUCACGUUUCAUGAACUGGACCAAAAGUACCCGCUGCUCGUCGGUUCGUGGCUCAAGGGCAACGGCUUCAACGUCCGCGACCAAUGCGGGGGGGCGACCGACUGGGUUGGGUUUUACAGCUUGAACUACUUUGACAAGACCGAAGAGUUGUUGAAGAACACGUCAUUGGAAGACCUCCGCACCAUCGUGGAGUACAAGCUCAUCCACGCCUCGUCCACCCACCUGACCCCUGAAUUCCGCACGGCCAACUGGAACUUGUUCGGCAAGAAGAUCGGUGGCCAAAAGACGGAGCCUACUCGUGAAAAGUUCUGCUUGGGUCAAACGAGCGUCACCGUUGGGGAGCUCCUGGGCAAGUACUUCUUGGAAGCGGUGUGGUCGGCCAACACAGCCAAGACUGCUGACGAAUUGGUGAAGGCCUUGAGAUCAUCCUUCUCCACUGGUAUUGCCACCGCGGACUGGUUGGAUAACUCGACUCGCACCAACGCGCAAACCAAGUUGUCAAAGUUUGUGCACUUGCUGGGGGGGUCUGAGAAGCCACAGCUAUACCCCACCCUGACAUUCGACACGAAGUCGUACUUGAACAACCGCUGGAAGGUAUCGCAAGUGAACCUCGACACCAACUUGAAGCUGAACGGCCAACCUGUGGACAAGCGGAGGUUCUCCAUGUCCCCCCAAACGGUGAACGCGUACUACAGCCCUAGCGUCAAUCAAAUUGUGUUCCCAGCUGGCAUUUUGCAAAACCCGUUCUUUGACGGCCAGUUCGAUGCUGCUCAGAAUUUUGGGGCCAUCGGGAUGGUUAUCGGCCACGAAAUCACUCACGGGUUCGACAACAGAGGCCGUAGCUACGAUGGCGACGGCAACUUGAACCCGUGGUGGUCGAAUGUCACCUCCGUUGCGUUCGACAACAAGGCCCAGUGCAUCGUCGACCAGUACGCCAAGUUUGUCGUCAAGAGUGAAGUGACUGGCGCUGUGUUGGGCAACCUCAACGGCAGGCUCACGUUGGGCGAAACCAUUGCUGACAACGGCGGGCUCAAGACCAGUUUCCGUGCGUACCACGAGUACUUGAAGAAGUACCCGUCGCAGUACACGGAAGAAACUGGGGACAAGUUGUUCUACUUGUCGUUCGCCCAAGGCUGGUGCUCCAAGAACUCGGACGCCCGACUAACUGCGCUCUUGUCGGACUCGCACCCGCCUGGUCGAUUCCGCGUCACGGGGGCGUUGCAAAACAAUGCCGAGUUCGCCCGAGUGUUCAAGUGCCCCACCAACUCGUACUUGAAUCCGUCCAACAAGUGCUUGUUGUGGGAAUAG